CUAUUGACUAGCGAGUACUCACCAAACUUGCAACAUGGCCGACUUCCGCACGUUCUUUCCACAUAGGAAGUCUCCCAGUGGCAUCUCAAUACGUUGAUUCGUAAUUCAACCACAACGUGACGAUGUCGGGAGGAUUAGAUGUGUUGUCCCUCAAAGAGGAUGAUGUUACGAAAAUGUUGGCGGCAUGCACCCACCUGGGUUCUGAGAACGUCAAUUAUCAAAUGGAGCAGUAUGUCUACAAACGUCGUGUAGAUGGUGCUGGAGUGAAUGUUAUCAAUCUCCGUCGUACUUGGGAGAAGCUUCUCCUGGCUGCUCGUGCAAUUGUGGCCAUUGAACACCCCAGUGAGGUGUUCGUCAUCAGCUCCAGACCUGUUGGACAGAGGGCUGUUCUCAAGUUCGCAGCACACACUGGAGCCACUCCCAUCGCUGGACGUUUCACUCCCGGUGCAUUCACUAAUCAGAUCCAGGCUGCUUUCCGUGAGCCUCGUCUGCUGAUCGUCACAGACCCAGCAUCAGACCACCAACCAAUCACUGAAGCCAGCUACGUCAACAUCCCAGUAAUUGCUUUCUGCAACACUGACUCACCCCUCAGAUUCGUUGACAUUUCCAUUCCAUGCAAUACCAAGAGUCUUCACAGCAUUGGUCUCAUGUGGUGGUUGUUGGCACGUGAGGUACUUCGUCUUCGUGGCUCAAUCCCACGUGAAUCCAAAUGGGAUGUUGUCGUAGAUCUCUUUUUCUACAGAGAUCCUGAGGAGGCUGAGAAAGAGGAGCAAGCAGCCAAGGAGAUUGCUCCACCACCAAAGGAGUUCACCCCUGCUGAGCCAACAACAACCGAGCCUGGUUGGGGCAAUGAAGUGGAGCCAACUCCAGCAACUGAGAACUGGGCUGACGAUUCAGCCCCAGCACCAGCUGCUGCGCCAGCUCCAGCUCCUGCUGCUGCUUUCGCCCCAUCGAGUGACUGGGCGACGCAGGUACAAGACGAAUGGUCAGCAAAUGCUGCACCAACUCCUGCUGCACCAGCACCUGCUCAGAACUGGGGUGGCUCUGCUGCCGAAAAAUGGUCGUAAUGGCAAUCUCAUUGACAUUGACACACAACUUUGUAUGAGAAUAUAAUAAAGUGACCAAAACUAAC